AUGUCGACGUUCGGCGAGUACUUUCGGGUGACGACGUAUGGCGAGUCGCACUGCCGCUCGGUCGGCUGCAUUGUCGACGGCUGCCCGCCGGGCAUGCAGCUGACGGAGGACGACAUCCAGCCGCAGAUGGACCGGCGCCGGCCGGGACAAUCGAGCAUUACGACGCCGCGCAACGAGGCGGACCGCGUGGAGGUGCAGUCGGGCACGGAGUUUGGGGUGACGCUGGGGACGCCGAUUGGGCUGCGCGUGAUGAACAAGGACCAGCGGCCCAAGGACUACGGUAACUCGACCAUGGACCUGUACCCGCGGCCCAGCCACGCGGACUGGACGUACUUGGAAAAGUACGGCGUCAAGGCGAGCAGCGGCGGCGGCCGCAGUAGCGCGCGCGAGACGAUUGGGCGCGUGGCGGCGGGCGCGAUUGCCGAAAAGUACCUGCGGCUGGCGUACGGCAUCGAGAUUGUGGCCUUUGUGUCGUCGGUCGGCAAGGUGCACCUGUUCCCGCCGGGCAGCGAGGACGAGGACGACAUGACAUCGGCCGCGGCCGGCGCGCGCAACCGGCUGCUGUCGACGAUUGACCGCGCGACGGUCGACGCGUUUGCGCCGGUGCGGUGUCCCGACGCCGACGUCUCGGCCGCCAUGGCCAGGUACAUUGAGGGCUUCAAGGACCGCGAGGACAGCAUCGGCGGCACGGUGACGUGCGUGAUCCGCAACACGCCGCCCGGGCUGGGCGAGCCGUGCUUCGACAAGCUCGAGGCCGUGCUGGCGCACGCGAUGCUGAGCAUCCCCGCGACCAAGGCGUUUGAGCUGGGCUCCGGGUUCGCCGGCUGCGAGAUCCCGGGCUCCGUCCACAACGACGCCUUUGUGCCCAACCAGCCGCUGCCGGCCGGCACGGCCACGCCGCCGGGCGCGGCGGCCACGCGCUCGCGGCUGACGACCAAGACCAACUACUCGGGCGGCGUGCAGGGCGGCAUCUCCAACGGCGCGCCCAUCUACUUCCGCGUGGGCUUCAAGCCGCCCGCCACCAUCGGCAAGGCGCAGACGACGGCGACGUACGACGGCUCCGCGCAGGGCGUGCUGGCGGCCAAGGGCCGGCACGAUCCGUGCGUGGUGCCGCGCGCGGUGCCGAUUGUGGAGGCGAUGGCGGCGCUGGUGAUUAUGGACGCGGUGCUGGCGCAGCAGGCGCGGCACACGGCGCGGCAAUUCCUGCCGCCGCUGCCGCAGACGCUGCCGGUGGCGCCGCCGGCCGACAACGGCGUGACGGAGGAGGUGAAGCAGUAA